AAUCUAAUUGUUCAUUCACUCUAAUAAAAAUUAUAUUUUAGAUAUUUUGGGGGAAGGUGCAAAAAUCGUUAAGAUGCGUUGACUUGAUUAGGGUUUGAAGUUUGAUUGUGAAAUGAAAAUGGAGUGUGGAAGCGAUUGUUUAGAGGAGCUCGUGAAGUUCACUCUCUCCAACUCUCAGAAUUACCAUAUUGCCCUUUCUACUGAAUUCUGCUCCACCCUUCUCAAAGAUGAUCCCACACAACCAUCUUCUUCACUCGAUUUGUUGGAAGGAGUGCCACUGUAUCCAUUGUACAAGCGUCUAGCAUUAGUUCUCUUGAAAUGCAUGGAUUCUCAAACGUUUUUCUGGACAGGAUCAUGCAAUUCAUCGGUGACCAAUGAAAUUGAUAUUGCUUCCGUGCAGAAGAAGCAUUCCGAGUGGCACAAAUUGAUUUUGGAUAAGAUAUCUGAGAUACUGAAUAUUUUGAAGAGUCUCUCUUUUGAAAUCCAUGUUCAAGAACCAUUUUUCUCACAGCUCAAAGAUGGCCUGAAAACAGUUGAAGGGAGGUGCGCCGGCGGCAAAUACAGCAGGAUUGGACUAGGAAACCUGAUUCUGGUAAACAAAUCUGUCGUGUUUGAAGUGAAGGGAAUACGUUGGUAUCCUACCUUUGCUGACAUGUUGGAGACAGAAAACCUCGGGAAAGUUCUUCCAGGUGUUGACAGUGUCGAAAAAGGAGUAGAAAUCUACCGGAGGUUUUACACAGAAGAGAAGGAAAAGUCAAAUGGUGUUCUUGCAAUUGGUGUUUCAAAACAUACCCUUCAACCAUACAUUCCUUUGGCCAAUUUAUUCUCUGAAUUAAGUUAUGAAGGUGUUCAAGGCCUUCUAGGGUUGAUGCAUACAGCAGGGACAAUUCCAGAUGCGCUUCCACCACCAAGAUCAACUCUAUUAGCAUCAUUUAGUUUGCUAUGCAAUCCAGAUGUUGAAGGUAGUUCCUUAACUCUUGGAGCUCGUGCAUUGGCCAAACAUGCUUGUAGGAGUAGCAGUGGUUAUUGGGGGUCCCUGGAUGGAGGUGAUUCUAAUAAGAAUAGACUUGCAAUGGAUGUAAUUAAGCGCCUAAUAGCACAUUGUUGUUGGGUGAAUAUGCAUGUUGUCCCGCCGCAUGGAACCGUGUUCGAAAUAAGGGUUGCUGAAGGAUAUGGCGCACGAUGGACAGAAGAUGGAAGCAAGUUUAUUGGAUUCUUAGAGCCCUACAUGGAAGAUGGUCACUCAAAAGGAUGGAAACACUAGUUCUGCAACAAUUAAAGCUUCGAAAUCGAAAGUGUUGAUGGAUAGUUAUGGGUAUUUGAAAGUACAAAUAUGGGGCCUUAACUGAUGGUAAAGUUUUUUUUAGUGUAUAUAAAUUUGUUACUUAUACUCAUUCUGUCUUUUAAACCGAGCAGACACAUAUCUCUUACCAUUCAAUGGAGUGUGUGGUAACUGGUAACCACAUGGGAUAAUGAGUCUGACUCUAUCUAAUGAUAAAAGAGUGUAUGUCAAUUCAAUAUACAAAAUAUUUCUCAUC